UUCCUCCUCUCUCUUCCUCUCCCCCAUUUUCGCUCUCCCUCCCUCCCUCCUAACGCACUUUGUGAACUGCUGUUGCAAUGCCGAAGUCCAAAGUUCAGCUACUUGCCUAAGCACACAGAUAAAUAUGAACCUUGGAGAAUUUGCAUUGCUCCAAUGUAAACAGAAAGGCGAGGGUCCCUUUAUCAGGACUGGCUCAGGACAGUGGUGGGGGGCCUAAGGCAGCCUUUUCUCUUUUUUUGGUCUUGGGGAAAUUGGGGGUGGGGGUGCCAAAAGAAGAUCUGCGGCCAUUUCUACUCCGCUGACGGCUGGAUGGCUGACUUUGGAAACAUGAUGUAGCCCCAAAAGGUGUUGAACGCGCAAGUUCCAGGCAAGGAGGACAGCUGGGACCAUGGUCUCCAAACUGACCCAUCUUCAGGUGGAGCUGCUGGGAGCCCUGCUGGAAUCGGGGCUCAGCAAGGAGACCCUGAUCAAGGCUCUGGCGGAGUCCGAAUUGCACCACAGGGACAACCAGCAGCUCGGUGGAGCCCUCCAAGUGGAUAAGGGGGAGCCUUGUAGCGAGAUGAUCCCGCAUCUCCCCAAUGGAAUGGGGGAGUCCAGGAUGUCAGAGGAGGAGACCUCAGACGAUGGGGAAGACUUCACUCCUCCAAUCAUGAAGGAACUGGAAAACCUGAGCCCAGAAGAAGCUGCUCACCAGAAAGCCGUGGUGGAGAGAUUAUUACAGGAGGAUCCCUGGAGGGUGGCAAAGAUGGUGAAGUCCUACCUCCAGCAGCACAACAUCCCUCAACGGGAGGUGGUGGACACAACGGGCUUGAACCAGUCCCACCUCUCCCAGCAUCUCAACAAGGGCACCCCCAUGAAGACCCAGAAGAGAGCUGCCCUGUACACCUGGUACGUUCGCAAGCAACGAGAGGUGGCCCAGCAAUUCACCCAUGCCGGCCAGGGCCUCAUGGUGGAGGACCCGAUGGGGGAGGAGCUCCCGGUCAAGAAGGGCCGGAGGAACCGGUUCAAGUGGGGCCCGGCGUCACAGCAGAUCCUCUUCCAAGCCUACGAGAGGCAGAAGAACCCGAGCAAGGAAGAGAGGGAGGCUCUGGUGGAGGAAUGCAACAGGGCAGAGUGUCUUCAGCGUGGCGUCUCUCCAUCCCAGGCCCAGGGGCUGGGCUCCAACCUGGUGACCGAGGUGAGGGUUUACAACUGGUUUGCCAACCGCCGUAAAGAGGAAGCCUUCAGGCACAAGCUUGCUAUGGACAGCUACAACGGCUCCCAGCCCAGUUCCGUGCCCACUUUGGCCUCUCAUGGGUCCUCUUCUCUCCAAUCGGCAACUCCUCUGUCCCCAAGCAAAGUCCAUGAGCCCUCUCCUCUCCAGCAGCAGCAGCAGCCACAAGGACUCUCCUUCUCGGACCCGGGCAUGAGGUACGGCCAGCAGCCAGUCAGUGAAACCAAUUCCUCCAACAACAGCCAGCACAAUUCCAUCACCACCACCCAGACCAUCCUGCACCAAGUUUCCUCCCCGAGCCUCUGCUCCACCAGCUCAGGACCAGACACCAAGCUGAUCUCUGCUCCAGGGGGCUCGCUCCCCCCCGUCAGUACCCUGACAGCGCUGCACAGCCUGGAGCCCAACCCACACGCCCUGAGCCAUCAAACACAGAACCUCAUCAUGGCCUCCCUCCCGGGGGUCAUGGCCAUUGGCCCUGGAGACACACCUUCGCUUGCACCAACCUUCACCAACACAGGGGCUUCCACCUUAGUCAUUGGUCUGGCUUCCACCCAAGCGCAGAGCGUCCCUAUGAUCAACAACAUGGGCAGCAGCCUCACCACCCUCCAGCCGGUCCAGUUCUCCCAGCAGCUGCACCCAUCCUACCAGCAACCUAUCAUGCAGCAGGUCCAGGGUCACCUCAACCAGAGCCCCUUCAUGGCCACCAUGGCCCAGAUCCAGGCUCCUCAUGCUCUCUAUAGCCACAAGCCAGAGAUGACCCAGUACGCACAUACCAGUCUUCUCCCCCAGACCAUGGUGAUCACAGACACGGCGAACCUCAGUACCUUGGCCAGCUUGACGCCAACCAAACAGAUCUUCACAUCAGACGCAGAGACUCCCACGGAAUCUGGGAUCCCAACGCCAACCAGCCAAUCUUCGGUCCACUUGCAGGGCCAGGAAGGCUCCAUCCAGUCACACCUUCAGUCGGGACCCCGCCUGACCUCCAGCCCUGCCGUCUCGUCCGGCAGUUUGGUCCUUUAUCAGAGCUCCGACUCCUCCAACGGCCACUUGCUGCCCUCCACCCACGGCGUGAUAGAGACCUUCAUCUCCACCCAUAUGGCUUCUUCCACACAAUAACUGGACAUUCGGCAGCCCUUGCCUGCAUCCCGAGGAACUUCUCCUGCACCCCAUCCCUGCUCCUGGGAGGGAAGGCCAGGCUAUGCCCCUGGCUGCCUCCUCUGCCAGGAUUUGUAUGGCUCCCCACCCCUUCCAAAACACACACUGUAAUUUCAAAACUCCAAGCAAAAAUAUGUACCAAGCGAGCAGGAGGCAGAGAUGGAGUUUUUGCACUGCUGAGAAAAGCCAGAGAAAGUAGUCAAGAAGGGCUUGUAGUGGACAAUAUCCUUUGAUCUGGGGCUGGCUGCCGAGGGAUGAGUGAUGGUGGAGUAGAUGGGCCCCCUUCUGCUCUUCAGAUGGGCCCCCAGAGCAAGGACAAAGCAGAGCUGGAAUGAGGAACAGAAAAAGGGAGCACUCAUCCUCUAUAAAGGAUGUAGAAGAGACACACACCUCCCAAGGUGCUGAGCCUUGGGAGAACUUGCUCUCCAACCAGAUUCAAGUUGUCUCUGGUUGCAGUGAGGUCCUGGCUGGUUCUCAGCCCACAAGCAGCCCCACAGGCUUGGCCCGAGGUGGAAACUGCAAGGAGAGCAGUCCCGAUGCCAAAGGUCUGAACCAGGCAGGGGAUACUUCCUGGAACUUCUACACAUUUGUGCCUUAGUGCAAGGCACCAGGAAUCUGCUCUGGCAGCAAUCAAGUGUGACAGAUGCACCCUACAUCAUAAACAGAAUACUGUUUUCAAAGUUAAAUUAAAAGACACACUCGUCUGUAGUAAGAGUUAAGAGCCUAAGUAAAACAUGGACCUUGAGUUUAAAUGCAAAA